AUGGAUUCAGACCAAAUAGAUGGAAGCAAUAUGAGCCAUGGCAAAAGAAAGGUGGUAAGGGUGAGUGGCAAACAUGUAGACUCUUCAGAGUGGGACAGAAAAAGGAUUGAUCUGCCCAUAGUCCUGACUAACUUAUCUGCUCCAAGCUCCACUGACAGCUCCAAAAUUAUUUCGAUCGGUCCACAUUGCUGGCCCAAGGUCUCCAUUGAAUCCCAAUCUGAGGUCCUCCCUCAUACUGGUGAAUUGAAUAGAGAAGGCCAGCCAGAAAACUUCCCUCGAGAAGCAGAUGUUUCUAAACAAACAGUGGAAGAACUAAAAAGCCUAUUGAAAGAGCGCCCCAUGUUAAAUACAAGAGAGAAAGAUGAAUUCAAAUUUGUUGGUCGUCAUUGCCACAUGCCAGGACAGAGAAUUGACUGUAAACCGGAUGAUGUACCAUCUAAGUCCUUCACAACCUUCAAGCCCACUCUAGGGAAUAUCAGAAUAGGAAAAAACAGAGUUUCAUCUGGCUGGGAAUCUGGUGGCUCAUCGAACACUGGUGGGCAUACAACCAGGCCUACCAGUUUUAAGUUACCUACCAGUGAAAGAACAUACUUGGUCAACAGCGGGAUUUCAAAGUCAGAUUACACAGAGAAUCCGCACACAGAACAGUAUGGAUCCCAAAGCUUCUAUUCAGAGGUUGAACACAUAAAGCGGCAGAUAGACCAUGGGAAUAUAGGCUUUGUUCGCUUUGAAGCCACUGAUCUCCACGGGGUCUCUAGAUCUAAAACAGUUCCUGCUUCCUUAUUUCACGAAAAAGUGGUCUAUGGUGUGCCCAUGCCUAGAAACUACCUGGAACUGACACUGAGCCCCAAGGAAAAUGAGGUUGAUCAUCCAACUGCUGCCAGUUUCAACAGUGAUAUUCUUUUGAUCCCUGAUCUCCCCACAUUCCAAGCCCUUCCCUGGGCUGUGCAGACUGCUCGUAUCAUUUGUGAUCCUUUUACCAUCACUGGGAUCCCUCUGCGCACAUCUCCGCGCCUUAUUGCUAAACUGAUGCUUGACCAGCUACAAGCCUUAGGACUCUCCAUCCAUUCUUCUUUCAUUUAUGAAUGCUGCAUCUUUAGAGUGCCAGACAGGAUGGACCCCAAGGCCAUAUUUUUCCCUGCCUCUACUUUAUUGAGUAAUCAUGACAUGCCUUUCUUACAGCAACUGGUGAGAGGGAUGUACCACAUGGGCAUCAGUGUGGAUAGCUUUGCAUCUGCCAGUGGACCAGGACAGACAGAGAUCUGCUUCAAGCCUAAAUUUGGAAUUGAAGCUGCUGACGAUGCCUUCAGCUUUCGUACUGGAGUGAAAGAAAUGGCUAGGAAGUAUAACUACAUUGCUACCUUUCUUACUGAUGACACCAUCUAUAAUUCUGCUUGCCUGGCCCACAGCCUUUGGGAUGCCAAUGGCAGAAGAAAUCUUUUCCAUUCAGGAACUGGUGAGAUAUCAGAUAUUGGUAAGAAAUGGCUUGGUGGGCUUCUCCGCCACUCACCAGCUUUAAGCUGCCUAAUGGCACCAGGGCUAGGGUGCCGCACUCAGCUUUCCAAAGGCAAUAUUUCAAAGAGCAUGUUCUAUGCCACUUGUGGUUGCAACGACAACAGUUGCACUUUUAACGUGAAGGUUCACAGAGGACAGGAGCCCCACAUUGAGAAUAAGCUUGGCUCAGCAAUGGCAAACCCUUACAUAGUCCUGGCAGCUACCAUUGCAGCUGGUGUGGAUGGUAUCAAGAGUAACCUCUGUGCAGAACAGUUUCUUAACAGAGCCCCAGCACAGCAAAAAGAUUUUGCCAUACCUGUUAAACUGGAGGAUGCCUUAGUAGCUCUGGAAGAAGAUAGUGUGAUUCGUGGGGCCUUAGGUGAGCCAUUUGUGCAUUACUUCAUUGCUAUGAAACACUUAGAGAUUGAGACACAGGAGUCUGAUACAGACAGGGACAAAAACCUGGAAUACUUCAUCUAA